AUGGAGCUGGCAACUACAAUUUUAUCGUUACUGUUCGUAGUCGCGUCGGGACUGUAUUGGUUCGUGCGCAGUCGGUCCAACUACUGGAGUAGCCGUGGCUUCCCAACCAUUCCCGGUCAAAAGCUGCUGUUCGGACACGUGAAGGGCAUCAACACCGAGCGGCAUGCAUCGUAUGUCACCAGCGACAUCUACCGGGCGCUGAAGAAGCGUGGUGAAGCGUUCGGUGGUUUCAACAUGUUCAUCAUACCGGGCGUGAUGCUGAUCGAGCCGGACGUGAUCAAGGCGAUCCUGGUGAAGGAUUUCCACAUCUUUCACGACCGCGGGGUCUUCAGCGAUCCCGAGGUAGAUCCCCUGUCCGGCACGCUGUUCGCAAUGCACGGCAAGCCGUGGAAGAUUUUGCGCCAAAAGCUAACACCCACGUUCACGUCGGGCAAAAUGAAGCAAAUGUUCGGCACGAUUCAGGAGGUGGCGGUGAGGCUGGGCACCUACGUGGACGAACACUCGCACCGGGAGGAGCUGGAAAUGAAGGACAUACUGGCACGGUACACGACGGACGUGAUCGGGACGUGUGCGUUCGGGAUUGAGUGUAACACGCUGAAGAACCCGGACUCGGAGUUCCUCAAGUACGGCAACAAGGUGUUCGAACAGAAGGUGUCCACGUUGAUAAAGAUCAUUUUCAUGCUGUUGGUGCGCAAGUACUGGCCCACGUUUAUGCUGAAAAUUACCGAUGCCGAGGUGGAAUCGUUCUUCCUCAAUCUCGUGCGGGAAACGGUCGAGUACCGCGAGUCGAACAAUGUGAAGCGGAACGAUUUUCUAAACUUGCUGCUCCAGAUUAAAAACACGGGAAAGCUGUGGGAAGAGGAGGAGGAGCACGUUGGCAAGGGUGAGGUCGGCAUGACGCAGAACGAGCUGGCCGCGCAAGUGUUUAUCUUCUUUUUGGCCGGUUUCGAAACGUCCUCCACCACGAUGAACUUCUGUCUGUACGAGCUGGCGAAAAACUCCGAGCUGCAGGAACGGCUCCGGCAGGAAAUAAACCGUGCGAUCGAGCGCAACGGGGGCGAGCUGACGUACGACGUGGUGAUGGGUGUCGAGUAUCUGAACAUGGUCGUCGAUGAAACGCUUCGCAAGUACCCACCGCUGGAGACGAUCACGCGCAGCCCCGAGCAGGACUACACCGUCCCCGGCACGAAACACAUCAUCCCGAAGGGUACGAUGGUGCAGAUACCGAUCUACGCACUGCAUCACGAUCCGGACUACUAUCCCGACCCGGAGCGCUUCGACCCGGAACGGUUCCGGCCGGAGGUGGCGAAUGCACGCCCACCGUACGUGUACCUGCCGUUCGGCGAAGGACCGCGGGUUUGUAUUGGGCUGCGGUUUGGCAUGAUGCAGACCAAGGUGGGCCUUAUCCAGCUGCUGCGCCAGUUCCGCUUUUCGCCGACAGAGAAAACACCCGACACUAUUCGCUUCAUGCCAAACGUGUUCAUUCUGUCCCCGGACAGUGGGAACUAUCUGCAUGUGGAGAAGAUAUAG